GGUGUCAAACUGGUGGCCCUCCAGCUGUUGCAAAACUACUAGUCCCAUCAUGCCUUGCCUUUGGGAGUCAUGCUUCCAUAUCUGCCAAUCCCUCCACUGGCCUCCACUCAGUGUCCCCCAUCCCUCUCUGCCAAUCCCUCCACUGGCCUCCACUCAGUGUCCCCAUCCCUCUCUGCCAAUCCCUCCACUGGCCUCCACUCAGUGUCCUCCAUCCCUCUCUGCCAAUCCCUCCAUUGGCCUCCACUCAGUGUCCUCCAUCCCUCUCUGCCAAUCCCUCCACUGGCCUCCACACAGUGUCCCCCAUCCCUCUCUGCCAAUCCCUCCACUGGCCUCCACUCAGUGUCCCCCAUCCCUCUCUGCCAAUCCCUCCACUGGCCUCCACUCAGUGUCCCCCAUCCCUCUCUGCCAAUCUCUCCACUGGCUUCCCAUAGCCCAAUGAAUAAAAUUCAGAACAUUAACAAUAACGUAUAAAGCCGUUUAUAACUCCGCCCCAAAUUACAUCACCGAUCUUGUCUCCAAAUAUCACCCUAACCGUCCUCUCCAAUCC